CUGGUGAGGAACCCCACCGCGAAACCAGAGCCGCUCCUUGUUUGUUAUUUCCGAGGCGUGCUGCCCACGCGUUUUGCUGUUAUCCUCACAACGGUGGCCGCUGCUAUUCAGAGGGCUAAGCUUAUAGGCAGGUGAAUGCCAGAAGGUGAUCCCCACCAGGCAGUUUCCAGAGUCUCUGAGACUACAUAGAUUCUCCCCGCGGAAUGCAACCACCAUCUCAGAAAGAGGGCUAGAAAGCCGUCAAGAAACAAGGCGGGUCUGAACGUUGAGGCCUAUACUCAGGCUCAGGCCACAGCUGGGUUACGUCCCUUCUGAGACCAGACCCUGCUCUCCCCAUCCCUGCUCUCAUAAAGCCACCCAGUGUGUGCGGUGGUACUCCAGCCAGGUCAGAAUCAACGCGGACUCAGCAAGCACUGUUCUGAACUCUGACGCAGAAAAAACGACAGUCACGCGUUCUGGGCCCUUAGCAUCCCUAGACCUGCACUAUGCUUUCCGGCUGGUUAGCCUGAUUAUCUACAGCAAUUACCCUAGAAGAGGGAAUUCGGUGCCUUUAUGUAGACGAGGAAACCGAGGAGACCAAAUAUCGGCUCAGGCCAAGAUUCGAAGCAAGAGCCGCUGGACACAAGGGAGAACUCCAUCAUCUUGUCUGCAAGGGCCGCAAGGGCAAAUACGACCAGGACCCUGCCCUCAGGGACUCACAGUCUAACUUGACAAUCGGGAGGACACAUACAGCCAUAGCACUAGGUGGGGAGGGUGACAAGUGUCAUUACUAACGGAGCAAGUUCUGAGGAAGAGCACUUCCGGGCUAGGCGAUCUGGCCGCGCUUGCUUGGAGGACGUGGUGUUUGAGCAGAGCCUCUCGGAGAACAGCCGUGCACUCGUGGAAAUGAGGGCGGAAAAGGCACUCCACGUGGUGAGAACAGCUAGAGCAAGGACGAGGUGGAAUUUGACACGUCGCUCAUAUUCCCACAGACACAGCAUUCGUCUCCUGAGGAAUCCGUCGUCCGGUAUUUACUGGCCAGGAACUUUUCCUGCCCCGAAGCAGCUGGAAUCUGUGUCAUCCUUCUAGGACCUUGUUGGCUCAUGGACAGUGAGCCUCUCAGAACUGCCCCUGGUCGGGCGGGUGCGGCUAGGUGGGGCGGGAAUCGGUGAUUCGGACACCCGGUCCAAUGCAGCCUCUCCCACAGCGACUUGGACCUCAAGACCCAUUCUAGUCCCUAUUUCUGGUAGCGCAGCAACAUCCCCCAGGGGUGGACGCGGAGGGCGUGGCCCGCCUACGCCAGAACCAAUUAGGAAGGAGGCCAGGAUGCCGACCCCGCCCCUCGACGUGACGCAAGGCCCCGGGACAGAGGCUUCACAGCCCCGGCCCCAGUCCUUGCAGUGGCUGUAACAAAACCCAGACCCCCAGGUCCCGGCCAAUGGAGGCGAUUUAGACUGGAGAAGGACCGCGUCUGUCAAAAGCUCCACUCCGCAGCACCGCGGAGUCCAGAGGAAGAGCUGGAGCCGCCGCACUGCCUCCCCGCCCCCGCCGGGAUUUAUUGAGUAUUUGGACUGGACAAUUAAGUGGCCCUGAUGAUGUUACCAAGCCCGGUCACCUCCACCCCUUUCUCAGUCAAAGACAUUUUGAAUCUGGAGCAGCAGCAGCACUUCCACGGAGCUCACUUGCAGGCGGAGUUGGAGCAGCACUUUCACUCGGCUCCCUGCAUGCUGGCGGCGGCCGAAGGGACACAAUUUUCCGACGCGGGGGAGGAGGACGAGGAAGAAGAAGGAGAGAAACUGUCCUAUUUGAACUCACUAGCUGCUGCCGAGGGCCACGGAGAUUCAGGUCUCUGUCCGCAGAGCUAUGUCCACACAGUCCUUCGAGACUCCUGCAGCAGGCCCAAGGACCAAGAAGAGGAGGUUGUGAGAGAACGGAGUCAAAAAAGCUGCCAGCUGAAGAAGUCUCUAGAAGCGACGGGGGACUGUAAGGCGAGCGAGGACGGCGAGAGGCCGAAGCCGCGCAGCCGCCGGAAGCCGCGGGUGCUCUUCUCGCAAGCUCAAGUCUUCGAGCUGGAGCGCAGGUUCAAGCAGCAGCGGUACCUGUCGGCGCCCGAGCGCGAGCACCUCGCCAGCAGCCUGAAGCUCACGUCCACGCAGGUGAAAAUCUGGUUCCAGAAUCGCAGGUACAAGUGCAAGAGACAGCGGCAGGACAAGUCCCUGGAGCUGGGGACGCACGCGCCGCCGCCGCCACCUCGCCGCGUGGCGGUGCCGGUGCUGGUGCGGGACGGCAAGCCGUGCGUCACGCCCAGCGCGCAGGCCUAUGGCUCGCCCUACAGCGUGGGCGCCGGCGCCUAUUCCUACAACAGCUUCCCCGCCUACGGCUACGGGAACUCGGCCGCCGCCGCCGCAGCGGCUGCUGCAGCAGCAGCCGCGGCCGCGGCCUACAGCGGGAGCUACGGCUGCGCCUACCCGACAGGCGGCGGCGGCGGCGGCGGCGGGGCCUCCGCAGCGACCACCGCCAUGCAGCCCGCCUGCAGCGCCACCGGCGGCGGAUCCUUUGUGAACGUGAGCAACCUGGGAGGCUUUGGCAGCGGCGGCGGCGCUCAACCCUUGCACCAGGGUGCCGCAGCGGGGGCCGCGUGUGCACAGGGGACCUUGCAGGGCAUCAGGGCUUGGUAAGGACCGGGCCGGACACGCAGCGGGCGUCCUACCGCAGGUUGGCGCCGCGGGAAUGAGACACGAGAAAGGCCAGGCCCAAGGGCCAGGUCCCCUCGUUAAAAUAAAAUACAGACGUAACGCUCCCCAAGGGGCCAGGGUCACCGGGCACUCUAGGCCUGGGGCUCAGCGGAGAAACGGAUGCCCUGGUCCAGUCGUCAAGACUGUCUGAGACAGAAACGCGGGCCAGGUGCCAGGGAAGAGGUUGGCCCCCACCCUGGCUCUGCGGGGAGUGCGGGAGGCUGGGACUCCGGCUGUCGCUUGCUCUCAGGAGGAGGGCUUUUCUCCUUCGGCCUUCCCUUGGUCUUCGCGAGGUAUGGUCGGGGAACCGGACCAAACAAACAGUGGGAAAAAAAGAGAAGAAAGAAAGAAGAAAAGAAAAGAAAAAUAGCUGGGGAGAGAGCGUAAAGGAGAGAAAAAUAGGCUUGAGUAAUUCCACCGAUCCGCAGCCCCGUUUUCUAGCCUGGAGCGCCACAGCACAGUGGAUUUUCGUUUACCCACUGCCUCUCUUCGGAGACAGACUCCGCCAGGAGAUCUGGAUUGUCAGGGGACUCUUCUUGGACACCACCAUCCCAGUGAGAUCGAAAGCUGGGGGAAGGGAGGCAGCUGAGCAAAUCCAAGACCUGGCGGCCCGGCUUAGGUGUCCCAGGUUGGUUUCCUUUCUGUUUUAUAUUCUGUAUUCAGCACAUUAUCUCUCUAUAUAACUAUACCCACACGCCGUGUACACACCGCUGUCAUACACUACAGGAGUCAAUAAAAAAGGUGCAAUAUUUCUGAA